AUGUGGUUCCUACGCUUCGUGUGUGGGGCGUUUGUUUGGUUUGCUGGCGUGUGUUUCUAUGCGCGUGAUGAUGCGCAUGGCCCUGAAGUGCCUGAUACCGCGCCGGGCCUGCCUGUCAUCCCCCUGGUCCCCUUCAAUGGGAAUGACUCGAUGCCGUCGAGCCCACCGACGUACCCGUCGCCUAAUACGACGACGCGUGGGUACUGGGACGAGCCUGUACGCCGUGCGCGCGAGACUGUCUCCAAGAUGAACGUGUCAGAUCUAGUGACGCUGGUCACAGGCAGUGGCUAUGGCAACGGAUUAUGUGUCGGCAAUAUUGCUCCGAUCCCCUCUAUUGAGUUCCCUGGUCUAUGCCUGCAGGAUAGUCCACUUGGAUUGCGUGGUGUGGACCUUGCUACUGCGUUCCCACCUGCGAUUACGGCAGCGGCGACGUUUUCGAAGCAGCUCAUGUACGAGCGUGGGGUGGCGCUCGCCGAAGAGUUCCGGGAUAAGGGCGUGAAUGUGUUCUUAGGCCCCAUGAUCAAUGUGAUUCGUGCGCCUGCAGCGGGUCGCAACUGGGAAGGAUUCGGGGCGGAUCCGUACGUGAACGGCGAAGGCGCGUACCAAACCGUACUCGGCGUGCAGUCGAAAGGCGUGCAAGCUGUGCUUAAGCACUACAUUGCGAACGAGCAAGAGCAUUUCCGCAAUACGGGCUCGUCCAACCUGGAUGAACGCACCGAGCGGGAAAUUUAUCUGCAUCCCUUCCUCCGCGGUAUUCAGGCAGGCGCUGUCUCCGUCAUGGCGUCGUACAAUUUCGUGAACAACACGUGGAUGACUCAGAACCCCUACCUGCUCAAUGGGCGCCUCAAGACCGAGUUGGGAUUCCAAGGGUACGUAAUGUCGGACUGGGGUGCACAUCACUCGGGCGUCGCCUCUGCGAAUGCCGGUUUGGACAUGACCAUGCCAGGUGGGACCAGCUGCUGUGAGCUGAAUAUCACGAGCUACUGGGGCGCCAAUCUGACGCAAGCAGUGACCAACUCGUCUGUACCGCUUUGGCGGGUGCAGGACAUGGCGACACGUAUUUUGGCCGCGUACUACUUUGUGCAUCAAGAUGAAGGCUACCCCAAGCCCAACUUUAACUUUUUCGAUAUCAACGACCCAGCGACGAAUGGCCAUGUGAAUGUGAUGCGGGACCACCAUCUGAUUGCCCGCGAAGUGGCUACGGCCGGUACGGUCCUUCUGAAGAAUGUCAACCAGACGCUUCCACUGCGGCAGCCGAAGAAGCUCGUGAUGAUCGGCUCGGAUGCAGGGCCUUUCCGACUGGGUGCACACCACUACCCUGACCAAAUUGGAUGGCCCUAUGGUCCGCUGGGCAUGGGCUGGGGGUCUGGUACGGCCGUGUAUUCGUACAUGAUUUCACCGUAUGAAGCGAUCCAGCGUCGUGCACGUGCCGACAAUACGGCUGUGGACUGGUCGUUUGACGACUUUGACUACGGCACAGCGCAAGCGGCGGCGAACUACACGGAUGCUGCCCUGGUGUUUGUCACGUCGAAUUCCGGCGAGGCGUACGGUACUGUGCCCAAUGUGAAGCCGGUGGACCUUUCUGCGAACAUGGGCGACCGCAACAACCUGACGCUGUGGAAUGGUGGUGAAGAGCUGAUCAAGCAAGUCGCUGCCGUGAACAACAACACGAUUGUCGUGGUGCAUGCCGUUGGUCCUGUGACGAUGGAAGACUGGAUUGACCAUCCCAAUGUCACGGCCGUAGUAUGGGCGAAUUUGCCGUCGUCGGAGAAUGGCAAUGCGUUGGUCAACAUUUUGUACGGUACCUACAAUCCCUCGGGCCGCUUGCCAUACACCAUUGCACGCCGCCGCGAAGACUAUUCGGCAGACGUCCUGUACAACGACAAAGCGCCGCACCCCCAAAUCAACUACACCGAGCAGCUCGGCGUGGACUACCGCUGGUUCGAUAGCCAGAACAUUGCACCACGCUUCGAGUUUGGCUUUGGACUGUCGUACACCAACUUUACGUACGAUGAUCUCCACAUUGAUACACUGGGUGCGACUUCGUGGAACGACCGUUGGCAGGGUGCCAUCGCUUCUGAUGGCCUGCCGGACUGGCUCUUCGACGAUGCCUUCAAAGUACACUUUAACGUGAGCAACACAGGUGGCUGGGACGGCUUUGAGGUGCCGCAGGUGUACGUUGGCUUCCCACCCAGCAGCGGUGAGCCUCCUCGUGUUUUGCGUGCGUUCGAUCGUGUAUGGGUACCUCGCAAUCAAACCACCCCUGUCUCCUUCACGCUGAACUAUUAUGACCUGUCUGUGUGGAACGCUACGCACCAGCAAUGGCGUCGUCCGGAGGGCGACAUUUCAGUGUUUGUUGGUGCGUCCUCUCGCGAUCUGCGUCUGAACACGACCUUACCUUCUAUGUAA